AUGCAGUGCGUGACGCAAUUCGAGGCGGGCCAACGUCGACAUGAAAGUCAUGUUGAUCAUCGAUCAACGUUUGUUUUCAUCGCGUCUCUUUCCACCACCAUCAACGAAAGUGCCCAAAACCCACACUAUCGACGAGCCGCAUCAACUCGUCAAGCGAGAGAAGUUAUGAAGUCGAGCUUAUGGCCAGCAUCAACUCAGCACCGCAGAUUCGGAGUCAACGACUGCAUCAGGCCUCGAAGAUUGGUGGCGCCUUGCCUUGAAGAGACCUUCAAAGCUUCAAUGCCUACCUCAUAUACACGGCCUCUAUCUUUGCUCUAUCUUGUACUCAUGCCAAAUUCUUCUUGCGGCACGGAUGCUUCUCCGAUUGGUUUGUUUCUCGAGCUCGGAACCAUGCUUUGCACCUCCAUAGGCACAUACACCAUCUUCGUCACUAAUCUUGGAUGCCCCGAACGACUGGCGCAAAAUCCAGAUCUCAUGAACAGCGCAGUACUAUUGGUAUCCUGGUCGACCAUCUCCGAGUCAAGGCCAUCUUUAUAUACCGCCUCUACAGAUUUCCUCCAAACUCCUCAUAUGCAUCGCCCUUCGGGGGCUAUCCCUCUCUUGUCAUUUAUGAUCGACUGGUGGAUUGAUGGCUGUAGCAACAGCAGUCUCUUUCUUCAUGUGGGAAAACUUCUUCUCGAACGCCCUGCUUUCAUCCAGCGCUUAUUUAAGGACAGUAUCCUCAGGCUUAACAAUUGA